UGCGUGCGGUCGAAAGCGUCCGUGUCGGAGCAUCCUGAACACAGCUGCGCUUUUACUCACGGCCGGCGGACAACCAACCAACGGAAAAAUGAACACAAAUGAUGCGAAGGAAUAUCUCUCCAAGCGGCAAAUUCCCCAGCUGUUUGAGAGCAUGCUGACGGGUCUGAUGUUCCACCGGCCGGAGGACCCGCUGCUCUUCCUGGAGAGCUGCCUGCAGAAGACGCGCGAGCUGGGCGGGGUUGGGGGCGUGGCCUGGGACACCUUCAUCACGCCUGACCGCCGCCCACUGCCCCCCAUCAGCGCCCCACAGGCCAAGAAGGCUGCUGGGAAACUCGAGGGUGCCAGUGGACCGGGACCGGGACCAUAUCGACGGUAUGAGCGGCUGCCCCCCAUCCAGGCCCAGUUCUCCAUCGAGAGCGACUCGGACAUGACCGAGUCGUCCGGCCUCAUCCAGGAGUACGACGUCUUCGACCCUAACAAACCCCGACCGCACAUCAUCUUCGUCAUCGGUGGUCCUGGCAGUGGGAAGGGUACUCAGACGCUGAAGAUGGCGACGCACUAUGAUUUUGAGUGUGUGUCGGUGGGAGAGAUCCUGCGCACCCAGCUGCUUCACCACGCCACCACCGACAGGAAGUGGGAGCUCAUCGCCCAGAUCAUCGCCAACGGAGAACUGGCACCACAGGAGACGACCAUUGAGGAGCUGAAGCACCAGUUCAUGAAGAAGCAGGACGUCAAGGGCUUCAUCGUGGACGGCUUCCCCCGCGAGAUCGCUCAGGCGUUCACCUUCGAGGAGCAGAUCGGUUCUCCGGACCUGGUGAUCCUGCUGGCCUGCUCCAAUCAGCAGCUGCGUCAGCGUCUGGAGAAGAGGGCGGCACAGCAGGGUCGCCCUGACGACAACACCCACGCCAUCGAGAAGCGCCUGGAGACCUUCAAGCACAACAUCACCCUCAUCGCCAAGUACUACCAGGAGCGAGGCCUCGUCGUCAGGAUUGACGCAGAUCGUGGAGAGGAUGACAUCUUCACAGACAUCAGUGCUGUCGUACAAGAGAGACUCUUCCCUAAUGAUAAGGACGCUGUCAAAGGUGAACAUGCUUGUGUGGGCGCAUCUGAACAGCAGCUUCCAUCAACCUCAUGAAGCUUCACCCUCAACCUCCAGACUUCCUUCUGUCUGUCUCUCUCUCUCUCUCUCCCUCUCUCUCUCUCUCUGUCUCUCUCUCUCUCUCUC